AUGUCUGCCGAGUCUCCCCGCGACAUUUUAAGAGCGGCUAUAAUCGACAAAAUGGAAAAGGAUGAUUUCUUUGGUGCACAACUUCUUGCUUCGAGAUCAAAAACUCUUAAAGCCGAUAUCGAGAAUCUUUCUCAGAUAAUAGCUGUCUGCCAAAUCCACGUUGCUGCUGACGAAACUUUAGGAAACAAAAGGAACUGGCACAACAUUCUUGACGUAGAGCCUGAUGCCGAUGAAGCUGCUAUCAAUGUCCAAUACAAGAAACUCUCUCUAUUGCUCCACCCCGAUAAAAACAAAUUUUAUGGCGCAAACGCAGCUUUCAUCUUAAUAGGCGAAGCUCGUAGAGUUUUACUUGAUGCUGUAAACGCAAAGUCUCGUGACAUUAUCAAACAAGACAAAGCUCCUAAGGAUGAUGUUGUCUCUCAAACUAAAGAGACAUUCUGGACCAACUGCCCUAUAUGUUGUUUCUGGUCCAAAUAUUACAGAACUAUCCUCAACAGGGUUACUCGCUGCGGAAAUUGCAAGAAUAUUUUCCGAGCGUUUGAGUUGAAGGGGUUUACUAUGCCACCUUCUAAGGAAGACCUAAUUAUACCCGACAUGACCCAAAGUGGUAAAACUAAACAACCUUGGGGUGGGAAGAGGAAGAUCGAAAUCAUUGAUAUUAGUGACGACAAUGAGGAAGAACUUCCUAAGAUAAAAAGAUGCAGGGGAAACUGA